AUGUCAGCCGAAGCAGACGUCAAGCUCAACGACUUCUCCUCCCUCUUCUCCCUCAAUGGCAAAGUCGCCGUAAUCACCGGUGGUUCUCGAGGACUCGGUCUGCAUGCAGCAUCCGGCCUCGCACAAGCCGGUUGCUCCAAAAUCUUCAUCACAUCCCGCAAAGCCAAGGCCUGCGAAGAAGCAUGUGCAGCCCUCAACGCCCUCCCUGGUAACUGCAAAGCCAUCUCCAUCCCCGCCGACAUUGCAAAGCCAGGUGAAGUUGAGAGAUUGGUCAAAGAGGUAGAGAAGCACACGGACAAAGUAGACAUUUUGUUCGCCAACGCUGGUGCAACAUGGGGAGCAGAAUUCGACAGCCAUCCUGAGGAUGCCUUUCAAAAGGUCAUGGAUUUGAACGUUAAGAGUGUCUUCGUUUGUGCACAAAAAUUCGCACCCCUCCUCCGCAAAGAAGCAUCUAUCGCAUCUCCCUCCCGCAUCAUCAUCACGGGCUCCAUCGCUGGUAUCGGUGUUGGAACAUUGGGCAAGCAGGGUACUUACGGCUACUCGGCCUCCAAAGCAGCAGUCCUUCAUCUGGGACGUAACCUCGCUCUUGAGCUGGGUCCUCAAGGUAUCCUGGUCAACAACAUUGCUCCGGGUUUCUUCCCCUCGAAAAUGGCAAAUGGUUUGAUGGAGUUGAGUGGUGGACAGGAGAAUCUGGCYAAGGCUCACCCGAACAGAAGGUUGGGAACUGCGGAGGAUAUCGCUGCGACGGUUGUGUUCCUGUGUAGUCGUGCGGGACAGCAUUUGUGUGGUGGAACGGUUGUUUUGGAUGGUGGUAGCUCAUUGCAGGCGAAGUUGUAG